CAGUUGCCAAUAUUUUCAAUCAGUCGUCAAGGGAAUAUCCGGAUUGAAUAUUUAACUAUAUUAGCCAGUUCGGAAUGCCAAAUAAUUAAAAAUAAUACAACAAAAAUUUUUAACUGUGUACUUUAAAAAAUUUAGUAUAUACUAAAGUUUAGAUUUAAAUCUAAUGUCAACAAUAGCCUCAGAAUAUUUCCAAGUAUUCGUUUAAAGCGAUUUCAUUUCAACAUUAUCUGACUUUUAAAAUCCUCAUCAAAAAACUUAAUUUGUUACUCAUUUUUAAAUUCUGUGACGUCACGAUUGCUUGAAGUCACCUUUCCGUCAGUGCACCCUGCAGAUUCUUACUUCAUCCUCUUCAUCAUGUCCAGUGGAUUCGUUCGCAGCAGCUACAAGUUAUUCGUGGGAAACUUGCCGUGGACAAUUAGCAGCAAGGAGCUGCGGACGUACUUCUCUCGCUAUGGGCACGUCGCCAACGCGGAGGUAGUCUUUGACCGGCAACUGGGUCUGUCCAAGCACUAUGGCUUUGUGGUCUUCAGCCAGCGGGAUGCCUUCAACAGCGCCAGCAACCAGAACACCCACUUCUUGGAGGGUCGCGUCCUCACCGUCCAGAGAGCAAAUGAAACUGCUUAGGAUACAUGAAUUAGAUUUAUUUUAAAGCCAGGCGAUUGGAGAAUUGGAGAUAGCUUAGUUGUACACAAACGUAAAGAAUGAAAACAUCCCUUCAAAUUUGGGGCUACGCA